AUGCCGCCGGUGCCGCCCGUGCGGCCGCGCUCGGGGCCGGGGUCCCGGGGCCGGCAGCGGUACCGGCGGCACCCCAAGCCCCCCUACUCCUACCUGGCGCUCAUUGCCCUCGUCAUCCGCGCCGCCCCCGGCCGCCGCCUCAAGCUCGCCCAGAUCAUCCAGGAGAUCGGCAGCCUCUUCCCCUUCUUCGGGGGGGGCUACCAGGGCUGGAAGGACUCCAUCCGCCACAACCUCUCCUCCAACCCCUGCUUCGCCAAGGUGCUGAAGGACCCGGCCAAGCCCAAGGCCAAGGGCAACUACUGGACGGUGGACGUGAGCCGCAUCCCCCCCGACGCCCUCAAGCUGCAGAACACGGCGGUGGCGCGGGGGGGGGCGGCCGCUUUCGCGCGGGACCUGGCCCCCUUCGUCCUACGGGGCUGCCCCUACCCCCCCGAGCCCCCCUCCAGCCCCCCCGCCGGCCCCCAGCGCCCCCUCAGCCCCCCGGGACCCCUCCAGCACCGCUCCAUCUUCUCCAUCGCGUCCCUGCUCCAGGACUUCCCGCAGGGGGGAGGGCACAACUUGGGAAAGUUGGGGACCCCCCCCGGCAGCCCCGCGGGACCCCCCCCGCGGCCGGUUUGUGGGGGUCGACGCCCAUCCUCCACCUCGCCGCCCCCCCCCAGUGUGGGCAGUUGGGGGCCUCCAGUGGUGUCCCUAGUUCUGACCCUGCGGGGGGGGGGCUGCGCUCCCCCCCUGGCCUGGGGGCAGCUGCCCACGUCCUACAGCACCGCCGUGGCCCCCAACGCCGUGGCCCCCCCGAGCGGUCCCCCCUUCCUCGCCCUGCGCUGGGGGGUGUUGCCCCCCCGUCCCCCGGUGCCCCCUGGGCCUCCUCUGGGGUCUGAGCCCGAGGGGGGGGCGCAGGCCAUGCCCCCCAACAAGAGCAUCUUUGAUGUGUGGCUGAGCCACCCCGGGGACAUCGUGCACCCCGCGUUGCAUGGCUAGCACCCCCCGCCCUGAGACUGAGGGGGCUCCCGGGGGCACGGGAGCAAACCCCCCCCUCCCCCGCACCCAUUCGGACACCUCAGCACCCAAAGCAGGCCCGGCACCCAUGCACCCACCCUGUA